AUGACCAAAAUACAAACCUACGAGGACUUCGUGAAGGUUCACGGCAUUCUUUUAGCAUCCUCAGGACUACCUCGUACGCUGCACCGCAAACUGUUUGAUAAACUUACUUCCGAGACUUUCGAUGGCGGCGCCUACUUCCAAGUCGACCCAUGCGAGGAUGGCCGUCAGAGGCGCCUCCUCCUCACCUCUGCCGCCACCAUGCCCAAAGACUCCAAUGUUUUUCUCAUUGACCACGCCUGGACUUUUCGCCUUUCCGAUGCUUAUAAACAACUUCAAGAAGUGCCAGGGUUGGCUCAGAGAAUGGCUGCUUUGAUGUGUGUGGAUAUUGAUUCAAAUUCCGAUGCAGAAGAGAUGGAUGGGGAUGAAGUUUCAGGAGACAACAAUUCGAAAUUGAAUGUCACGGACAUUGUUGAGAAUGAAGUUAGUUACGCAAAGGAGAGAGGCUAUGACACUGUUAAGUGGUUGGAGCUUGAUGAUCUUGACAUUGAUGAUGACAUGCUUCUCUCCCUGGAUUUGUCUAGUAAAUUUCCGGAUUUACUAGCACUUAGCCUAUAUGGAAACAAGCUCGAGAAUGUUGAAAUCGUUGUGCAGGAAGUUACCAAAUUGAAAAACCUAAAGGCUCUCUGGCUGAAUAACAAUCCAGUUCUAGAAAACUGUGAUGGUUGUAUGCCAGAUACAAUUUUCAAGGGAUGUCCAGGACUCGAAAUCUACAACUCAUGUUACACCAGUAAUUUUGGCGAGUGGGCAUUGGGAUUUUCUGGAGGAGUAUAUGGGAAGGAUAAUCCAUGCUCUAUCCAUCAGAAUGACCAUCCAUUGCAGAGUGUGACAUCUCUCGAACUUUCAAACAGAAGUAUUCAUUCUCUCAUUAAUAAGUCAUUUUCUCCCGUUGAGAUGCCUUCUCUUUCGCAUCUGAAUAUUCGAGGAAAUCCGUUGAAGCAGAAUUCAGUUAGUGAACUGUUCAAAGUAUUGAAGGGGUUUCCUUGUUUACAAUCUUUAGAGGUGGAUUUACCUGGACCCUUAGGAGAUAGUGCCAUAGAAAUUCUUGAAUCUCUUCCCAAUCUUUCUCUGCUGAAUGGCAUCAAUAGAUCAAAAAUAAUAGAAACUGGAAAUCAUGUAAUUGAUUCGAUACUUCAGCCACGCCUUCCUGAAUGGACAGCUGACGAACCUCUUGCUGAUCGUGUUAUUAAUGCAAUGUGGUUAUAUUUGAUGACAUAUAGACUUGCAGAUGAGGAAAAAAUUGAUGAAACCUCUGUGUGGUAUGUAAUGGAUGAACUAGGUUCAGCUUUAAGGCACAGUGAUGAACCAAAUUUCAGAGUGGCUCCUUUUCUGUUCAUGCCAGAAGGAAAACUGGAAUCUGCUUUCUUUAGUGCCUUAACUGCAAUUAAACAAAGUCUUUUCAUGUUCUACAAUAAGCUGGAUAUCGUGAAAUUAAAAGAUAAAAUAAUGCACAUUAAUGUUCAAAAUGGAGAUGAAUGCACUCGUGAUUUCCUAUUUGGUGUUGGGGAGGACAAACAACGUUCUGCCAGGCUUACAGCAUAUUUCCAUACACCACAAUAUUAUUUUAUUCAGGAGUAUGAGAAAUUUCACCAGAAGUUGCAAUCAAAAAGUUCAACUCCCUUGCCAGUGAAGUCAUCUUCGAGUAGAACCUUGCGUCAUUCUGAUGGAUGUGCUUUGCGUGUGUACACUGACUUACCUCAAGUGGAAGAAUUUUUGACACGUCCUGAAUUUAUAAUCACCACCGAGUUGAAGGAUGCAGAUAUUAUAUGGACAAGUAUGCAGGUGGAUGAUGAUGUGAAAAAAGCUGCUGAAAUUACAGAUCGGCAAUAUAUAAACCAAUUCCCUUUUGAAGCUUGUCUUGUCAUGAAACAUCAUUUGGCAGAGACUAUUCAGAAGACACAUGGAUCCCCUGAUUGGUUGCAGCCUACUUAUAACUUAGAAUCACAUCUCUCUCCACUUAUUGGUGACUAUUAUGUACGCAAAAGAGAUGGAAUGAACAACCUAUGGAUCUUAAAACCAUGGAACAUGGCCCGAACUAUUGAUACAACUGUAACAGAUAAUUUGUCUGCUAUUAUCCGCCUGAUGGAAACCGGGCCAAAAAUAUGCCAGAAAUAUAUUGAGCAUCCUGCUUUGUUUCAAGGCAAGAAAUUUGAUCUCCGAUAUAUAGUACUGGUUCGCAGUGUGAAGCCUCUGGAACUGUUCCUUGCAGACGUUUUCUGGGUUAGGUUGGCAAACAACCAAUACACUCUUGAGAAGCACAGCCUUUUUGAGUACGAGACCCACUUUACUGUUAUGCGAGAUUUCUUUCUUCAGUUUGAUGUAAUUGGGAAUGACUUGCAGAACUAUCGUGGAAGAUUGAAUCAAAAGAACACACCAGAGUUUGUGAAGGAAUUUGAACAGGAGCACCAAGUUAAAUGGUUGGAUAUCCAUGAGAGAGUGAGAGAUAUGAUUCGAUCUGUUUUUGAGGCAGCUGCAACAUUACAUCCAGAGAUGCAUAGUCCAACAUCUAGGGCAAUGUAUGGUGUGGAUGUCAUGCUUGAUAGCUCUUUCCAGCCAAAGUUAUUGGAGGUCACUUACUGUCCUGACUGUACAAGAGCAUGCAAGUACGAUACAGAAGCUGUAGUUGGAGGGGGAGAACUAGUGAAAGGUAGUGAUUUCUACAAUUAUGUGUUUGGUUGUCUAUUUCUUGACGAGACUACACAUGUAUGCUCAUUGUAG